UUAAUUCUAUCACCAUUUUACUAUAACUUUGAGUGAAAAUGAAGAAGAACGCAAAAGUAUGUGCCGUAUGAAUUAACAUUACAGACGUAAUACAAAAAAAACAGUGUAUCUUUACUAUGUACUAUAAUCUGACCUACUCAAUAUUCUAGUGUUAUCUUUUUUGACAUCAGCUUCUCAUAAUUGUGAUGAAGAACUCCACAUGCCAUUUUCUUAUUGGAUGUAUAUCUUCUAAGAAGAUUCCUGACUCUACAAUAAACAGCAAAUGUGUUUAAUUCCUUAGGCAUAGAAUUAGUCACUCUCUUAGUUUGAGGUGAAAAUUGUAAUAGAGAUCUGCAAAAUAUUCCAAUAGAAUGUCCUAGAUGAAGUAUGAUAUUUAGAAGGCAUAGAAUUAAUUAAUCUAUUAGUUUAAGGGGAAAUUUGUUAUAAGAAUCCACAUAAUAUUACAAUAGAAUGUCCUAGAUGAAGUAUGAACUUUAUUGUGAAGUGUCGAAGUUAUGCAUCACAAAUAACAGGAACUAAUAUCAUCUCAAGUUCUUUUUCUUAGUCUCCCAUCUUCAGAUUACAACACCUAAGCAAGCUAAAAGAAAAAUUCUUGAAACCACUAUGUUUUCAUCCUUGAGGAAAUCUUGAUUGUUCAUGCUAGAACUGAUCUCUCCCAUUCCUUUCCGUUCCAAAUAAGAGACUAUAUUCUUCUUCACUCAUUUUGAUUACUGCUUUGAAUUACAUCAUUUUAUUCCUUAGUGUACAAAACGAACAUAGAAUCAAUAUUGCUCCCAUGCGUAUGCUGCCACCGUUCUUCAAACUAACAAGAAUUCUAAUUUGAGCGUUACAUUUAUUACUAUUUCAUCAUUCUAUUCCUCAAAUAGAACAUAUCACAAAUAUGAGUAAAGAAUUAAAAAGAAGUCCGUACAUUUACACCUAAUCAAUCGCCUGGUGUUCCUUUUUUUUUUUUUUUUUUUUUAACUUGUUUCCCUAUUUUGUUUUAGGGUUGGUUUGCUACUCCUUUUAUUUGAGUUACUGCCUGUACUUAUGCUCGUAAUGAGACUAAAUGCUAAGUUUGUUUAUUUUAGUCGCACUGUUGAUUUUCUACUCCUUUUAGUCUCAGAAUGAUGUGAGUAUAGAGUAUCACUUUUGAGUUUUGACUGUCAUUUUCUUGACUAUGAUAUUAUUCGCCGGUGGAUAUAAGUAUGCUUGAUAUUUACUUAACUAACCAUAUAUCUGAUCUUCUGAGAACUUUAGGAACUUUCAGAGCAAUUAUUAGAUGAUGUAUUGUCUGUGAUAGUUCUGUUAUAGGAUCAGUAGAGACACAAAUUAAUACUAAGAGUCUCUUUCACUAACAUCUUGAUAAGACAUAGUAUAAUUCUAACAUAGCUCUCUUCUCCAAAGAUGUUGACAGACACUUAGCUGUUCACAGUUAGAGAAUCUCAUGACCCUUCAUCACAUUUGAUCACGGAAGCUAGAUGUUUAGUUUAAGUGUGCAAGGAAAUUGUUAAGUGAAUAACCAAAUGUCAGCUUUCUGAGGAAGAAAUGGUCCAAGUUUCUCACUUUCUUGGGUGUUUCAGUGGCUAAACAUCUAGGUUGGAUCCCACUCUUGGAAGUGUUGAUUGGACUUCUUCAAUCAAUCUAUUUUUUUUUACUAUUUGGUAAUAUGUUAGCUCUUACUGCACCUAACACACUAAAGAAUCUUAUUAUUAUAAUCUGAUGAUUUAAGCUCUUAAUUCAAGUCAACCUGAUUUGCCUGUUCCCUAAUCCUAGAUUUAAUAAUAUAAAGUUAAUUGAAUAAACUACUGCUAAGGAUUUUUAUACUCUUUGCGUAACCUAUGUUUUUUUUUUAUCGCUUAUAUCUCUAAAUCCUUUUGAUGUGACAAUUGGAAAUUAUUUAAUUAUCUAGUCUAGGGUCAUAAACAAAGAAAACAUGUGGGAUCAGAUAUUUGGUUACUAGCCAAUGGUUUUAGUUGCCUUGGGUAAUUAAAGUAGCAAGCAAUUUAAUAUCAUUCCAUCUUUUUUAUUUCUUUUUGGUUUGUUUUUUUCUCGAUAUCUAAUGCACAUUUUUGGACAUUAAUAUCUUAAAUUACAUAAAAGUAAAGAUUAUAAAAAGUUGAUAUUUCGAAAAUACACAUUAAGACAAAUUGAGAAUAAUCUCAAAUGACUGUGUUACUCUUCUUUAUACAUGGGAAGUUUUGGUAAGAAAAUAGCGCUAUUAUAUGAUCAAAACAAUCGUUGUAGGAAGGAUAUAAAGGGACAGACAUAAUUCCUUUCCAAGUACUUUUGUGACCUUAAAUCUCUCCAUCUACAAUCAUGAAAAUCAUAUUGUUAGAUAUCUGUUAUGAAGUACUUUUAUCUAACUAAUUACUUUUCUUUGAUAAUAUAAUCAGUAUAUUUGACAAAAAAUAGUAGUCCAAGUUUGUUUAUGAAAAUGACAUUUAUUUUAGAUUGGAGUGUGUAUUAGUGAUUCAAAAGUAUAAGCAGAAGAAUUACUGAACGAACUAGUGCUAAUAUAUUUUUAAACUCUUUGUUUUGUUAGUAUAGGUUAUUUUAUGAAGCAUGUUGGAUCUUAUUCAAUGGGUUUCUUCUUUCUAACCAAUGAUUUUAGUUCCUGUUAGGCGCUCAAGUAACAAGCUAACUGACUCUUAUGCUAAUUGAUCCAUAUGCUUAAUCCAAAUGUUAAAAAAAGGAAGCACAGGAAUUUAAAAUGAAUUCUUUGCUUCUGUUAAGACAUGGUCUUGAUACUUGUCACUCUUUUAGAGGUUGAGGCCGCCAAACAGUCGUCAGCAAGUACUUCCUAUUGAUCCGUUUUCACCUUAUAAUACAAUCUAUUAGUGGAAAAUAUUUUGUUGUUGAAUUCUGCACAUGGAUCUCUAUAAUCUUGAGCCGACCAUAGCAUAUUCGUCUUGUCGUUUAUUUUUUUCUUAUUUUAUCUAUCCUCCUAUUCUCAUCCUUGUUAUUGUCUGGUGAACUUGUGAAUUGUGGUCGCAUAACUAUCUCAUUUGAAUUCUGGAAGAUAAACAACUAAGUUUUAAUCCUUAGUACAGCACACCUCGAUAUCAUAUGCUGGUUAUUUGUUGUGCAAGAAACAGAACUCGGAUUAUACUUGUACAUAACCCAAGAAUACUUGACAUGAGUUAUUUUGGAUCUUUUACUGCUUUUCGUUAUGGAAAACUCAUAAGGUGCAUGUUAUGUUACUUUGAGUCGUAGAUACAAGUAUGUGUCCUGACGUCAAACACCCUUAAUAAGGCUCUGUUUGGUUGGACGGAAAACGAUAUCAAGGGAAAUUGGUUUUCCAUGAGAAAACACUUUUCCUUGUUUGGUUCUUUGCAUGAAAAGCUAGAGAGAAAAAGGAAGAAUGGAAAUAGAAGGGACAUAAUGCAUAGGAGGAGCAAAUGAGAAAGGUAAGGAAUGGGGAGGAAAAUGUACACUCCUUCCUUUUAAGGAAAAAUGUUUUCCGUUCCACUAACUUUCACCCUUUUCAAACCAAACAGAUUAAAAACGGAAAAUGUUUUUUGUCCAACCAAAUACUCUCGUAGGGGAAAUUUCCCUUAUAUUUUAUCCAAAAUGAUGUAUCACAUUACUGUCUAUACCCGUGUUAGAAGUGCUGAGGAUCGAUUAUAGAGACUUGAGGUGAAAUGAAGAGUCCACGUAAGGUAGGGUGCAUGUUAUUCAUCAAAGUGCUCUGAGUUGGUAUAGAUUUGUUUUUUUUUGUUGUGCCUCAAAAUCCAGUCUGAUUGCACUCUGCUGAAGGAGAAAAUGAACCUACCUAUGUUGCAUAUUCAUUAAGCUUUUUUGAGAGGUUAGGAGCCUGUGUUGGUCAUCAAAUCUUAUUGGAGUCUGUAUUUUGUCUUUAUUUUAUCGGCAAAUCAGAAUCUUAAUCUUGUGUAAAUUGGUAUCUCUGCCCACCCGUCAGAAUUUAACUACUGUCAGAUCUUAUUCUUUGUAAUGUCUUGAAGUAUUAUAUCAAUUCUCCAAGCAUGACAGUAUGCACUUUUCACUAUGGUCUUAUUUUUGCCCUCUGCAAAGAUUUGAUUCGUCAUAGGUUGGAACUUCCGAUCAUGAGCAGUUAAACAGUUUCUGUAAAAGGAAGAAGUAAAUUUUUUUGAAAUUCUUUUUUGGGCAAGGAGAAAUAUCCUGCUGGACUGGCACCGCUCGUAGGUCAACCAUCCAGCUUACCACGUCAGGCCCUUCAGAAGUAGGGAGCCAAAGUAUAAGGGAUCCCUAUGCCAAAGAGCCUUUAGUGGGGUAAAUAUAUGAAGAGAUUCUACAAGGUAAGAGAAGGUUUAUCUGGUAUUACCACAGAAAAUAUAAAAUGACUACUAUCAGGAUAAAUAUACCCACUCCACUCAACAACCAAAUUUUAUGGGAUUUCAUUCAAGGACUACUGAACCUCUACAGUUGUCAUGACAGAUAAAAGUCAGACUUGUAAAAGGUUGGAAAGCAUAUGAUGAAGACCCUUAUGAAGAAACAACGAAUCCCUCCGGUGUUAUACAGAUGGGACUCGCUGAGAAUCAAGUUUCUUUUGAUAUCCUUGAAGAAUACUUAGAGCAGCACUCCGAAGCAACUAGCUGGGGUAAAACAAAAAGUGCCGGCUUUCGAGAGAAUGCUUUGUUUCAAGACUACCAUGGACUUCCAUCUUUCCGGAAGGCAAUGGCUAGUUUCAUGGAACAAAUAAGAGGGGGUAGAGCCAAGUUUGAUUACAACAGAAUUGUCCUCACUGCCGGAGCUACUGCUGCCAAUGAACUUUUAACCUUCAUUAUAGCAGACCCAGGAGAUGCUUUGUUGGUCCCAACUCCUUAUUAUCCAGGAUUUGAUAGAGACUUGAGAUGGAGGACGGGUGUGAAUAUCGUACCAAUUCACUGUGACAGUUCAAACAAUUUUCAGGUGACUCCUGAAGCAUUAGAGGCUGCAUAUUGCAAAGCACAAGCCAUGAACAUUAGAGUAAGAGGAGUUUUGAUCACAAACCCAUCAAAUCCUCUAGGUGCUACUAUCAACAGAAAAGUUCUGGAAGAGAUUAUGGACUUUGUAUCGCGUAAAAACAUCCAUCUUGUAUCCGAUGAGAUCUACUCGGGCUCCGUGUUUUCCCCCGAGGAUUUCACAAGCAUAGCCGAAGUUCUUGAAGCUCGGAACUUCAAAGAUGCUGAGCGAGUUCACAUCGUUUACAGUCUGUCGAAAGACCUUGGACUACCAGGUUUUAGAGUAGGGACAAUAUAUUCUUACAAUGAUAAGGUUGUGACAACUGCCAGAAGAAUGUCUAGUUUCACCCUUAUUUCUUCUCAAACUCAGCAUCUCCUAGCCUCUAUGCUCUCCAAUGAAAACUUCACUGCCAAUUACAUCAAGACAAAUAGGGAAAGGCUAAGAAAGCGAUAUGACAUGAUCAUCAACGGACUAAGAAAAGCCGGGAUCGAGUGCUUGAAAGGCAACGGAGGUUUGUUUUGCUGGAUGAACCUGAGCCCAUUCUUAGAUGAGCCAACAAAGGAAAGUGAGUUAGCACUUUGGAACUCGAUUGUUCACGAGGUGAAGCUUAACAUCUCUCCUGGUUCAUCUUGUCAUUGUUCUGAACCUGGGUGGUUCAGGGUUUGUUUUGCCAACAUGAGUGAAACGACACUAGAAAUUGCAUUGAAGAGGUUAAACAACUUCAUGGAACAAAGGAAUUUUAAGGAGAGAGAUCAUUCUUUUUCUGAAUAAAUCCCAGUUAACCCCAUUUUUUUUUUUUUUGGAUAUAUAGAUAUGAAUAUAUGAUUCUUUAUGGUGAUAACACCUUACAUAAUAAGUUACCAUUGUCUGAAAAAAGAAAUACUGUGAAACAGUAUGUUAAAUGUAUAAACAUUUAUUAUUUAUUAUUAUAUAUAUAAUAAAAAAAAGUAUAUAAGUGCAAUUCUGGUCUAUUAAUAUUAGCUUGGUUUUGCAAGUUUCCAAGAAAUCCCGUUUGGCCUUUUGUAGAGUUGGAGUGCAACUGUGCCAAGUAUUCUUUCUGUUUACCUAAUAGUUAGUAUCUAAUAUCUAAAGUUGCUGACUUUGUCAUUCUAUCAGUUUAAGAUAGUCCUUUUUUAUGAAGUAUACUCGCUAUUUAUGACAAAUAUGGUGAAUUUCUUUUGAACUCAAUGAUUAAGAUGCCGUUUUGGCAAGAGCUAGUCAACGCCGAGCAUGUAUCAACCCACUAUGGAUAUUACUUUGGCACCAUGGACCAUGUUACUUUCACAUUUGAACUAUAGUAAUUAUUAGUAAUCUUGUCAUUUCAUAUUCUAAUUUACGUAGUUAUGUAAAUGCUCAAAAAAAAAAAAAAAAGUCAACGCAUUUGAGUUUGUGUUUUCUAAAAAUAAAAUAAAAUAAAUAUUGUAUUAUUGUAUUUUUUUUAAAAAAAAUGUAAGA